AUGACUCCUGGCAACACCCUUCAAUACAAAACUCAAGGCAAGCUUCUGGCAAUAAAAGUGUUCACGAUAAGGGAUCACGGCACGUCUUCUUCAUCGACAUCAGCGUCAUUGUCGUCAUCAUCUUCCAGAAGACCAACGGGUUGCUCACAACGUGAAACAGACCGACUGACUAAUAGAUCACAUCAACGACAUAAGAAAGUGCAGAUCCAUUUAAAUUUGUUUCAUUUAUGUCUAUCCAUUUCCGCACAAGUAUCGAGUUUUAACAAUGGUGUUUAUUUUUUUAAGCUCCAUUCUGAGGAAUUAUCGCAUGUAGAGAAGGCAUCAAAAGAGCAUCGCAUGGCCACAAUAGUCGAGAACAACCUGCUGACAUUCACUGCUCACAACAUUGACAGCUCUUCUGCUGGUGGAUUGGUGAAUGAGAGCUCAUUUGAUGUGAAAAAUAGUCAAAAUAAUUCUUUCACUGACUCUGUUAUUUCAAAAAAUCUUUUUAAGCAUUCUAAUAGGUCUAAUACAGAUAUCAAUAUUAAUACUAAGAUGUUCAUUGCCGAUAAGAACAGCGAGUGCAGAAACAAUGCAUUAAACAUUUGCAACAAAGCUUCUUCCAUCAUUUCAUCGACCGAUGAAACGAAUGAUACUUUGAUUCUAAGCCAUGGUGUUUUGCAAUCAUCUAGCUCUUCAUCGAAUGAUUCUGAUAAAAAUGACAGCGUAAAGACCAGAUAUAUACCAAAAAAGCUGCAUAAUUCAAUUCAAAAGUCUUCAAAUGACAGCCAGAAUAACUCUCGCCAUAUUUAUAUUAAGCUACCACAGCUUGGAAACAUCAUAAAAACAAAACUGCACUCAGAAGACGCACGCGUCUCACAGAAGGCACGAGAGCUCUUGCAGCGGCAGUACCAACUUCACGUACAGGAACAUUCCAAAUUCAUGCAGCCUCUCAAACCGCACGACAACAAUGACAAAACAGCAAAUGGGCCAACCGUUCAUGGCGGCAGACCGAGAACCAUGCAAACUCUGGAGCGGAUGGAGAGAAAGUCUCAGAAAAGUGGUAAAUCAAAGACUCUGAUCAUCGUCCCAUGCAACUUCAUGAUUGCCACCAGAUCAUUACAAACAAACAAAGAUGCGGCAAAUCUGGUGAACCAACCGAAAUAUGUGAGAAAAAUUAAACCUCAAUCGUCCAAUCAGUUUCUUCAAUCAAGCCACCGAGAUGAAGAAUUGCUCCUACCUUGCAUUGAAAACAACAACCAUUCCCACCUUCAGCACCAACAAGUAGCACAACUCCAUUCACCAGAGAACAUGCACCGUGGCUUUCAUGAGCUAUCUCGAAGCCAGCAUCGCAACGAAAGGCUUCCAGUCAAUAAACAUUUUAAAAAGUCAGACUAUCUUACUACUCAAGAUGAAAAUCUACGUGACUUUGGAGCCAUUCAUGAUAUUAGGUUGAGAGCAAAUGCUUACAUUAGCAAACCAUUUUUUUCGAGCCGUCAGAAUCUCGAUAUUUCCGGUGCAAAUCAUCUAAAUAAGCCUCGACUUGUAGAAACGAGUAAAAAAAAUAAUAUGUCUAAUUUACUGGAACCUCUCAAAGUUGGUCGCCAAAUGUCGUAUGUUAGCGACCUGUCCUUCCAACAUCUGGAAAGAACAAGCGGCAAGUUCAACGAGCCGAAAUCAAUAACCGGCAAGAGUUAUUCAAUCAGGUAG